AUGACGUUAACUACAAUGCAGCUACGGUACCCAGUACCGGUAGUAACAUUCAAAUAUUCCGACACGAUGAUUAAAUUAUUUCCAUCUCCAAUCCCGCACGCACAUCGGCACGACGUACACACCUCUUUCUUUUCUUUUUUUUUAACCCUUUUUUCCUUCCCCAUACCGUUCGUCUUUCCUUCAAUCCCUUCCUGUAAAUCUUCUUGUCGCACUAUAUUUUUUGGCAAUAUAUAUCUAAUUCCCGUUAUGGAUUUCUUUCUUCCUCCGCCACCCGAAACCUUUCUUUCCUUUCCCAUCAAAUUCUUUUCCGCUCUUACUUCAUUCUUUUCUUCUUAUUCUUUCUCCCUACCCUUUCUUCUUUUUCUCUCUUUCUUUUCUCAACUCGUCCAUCUAAUCAUUCUUUUCUUUCCUUCUCUUCAUUUUCCAUUGCUUAUUCUUGUCAUGCUUUUCUUUCUUCCUUCAAUAAUCAACACCUUUUUUUUCAUUUUUACCUGUGCCUUCUCAUUCCGCAUCUCUUGUUUUGUUUUCUACAAUUCUUUCUUUCUAUCGCUAUUAUUUUAUUCCAUAUGUCUCUCUUCAUUUUCUUCCUUUCUCCAUAGCAUCUUUCUUUCUUUCUUUCUUUCUUUCUUUCUUUCUUUCUAUUUUAACCCCUGCCUUCGUGUUUUCUUUCUUUCUUUCUUUCUUUCUUUCUUUCUUUCUUUCUUUCUUUCUACCCCUUUACCUUCUUUUUCUUCUUGUAAUUCUUUUUCUUCUUUGUUACGCCUUAAUUCCUUAUUCUUCCCAUCAUUUUCUUUCUUUCUCCGUGGCCUCUUUCUUUCCAUUUUUUCUUUUCUUAUUUCCUCCCCAUUCUUCUUUCCUUUUACUUUCCUUCCUUUCUUUUUUGUCCUUUCUCCCUUCCUUCCUUUGCUUUUUUCUUAUUCCCUCCUUCUUUGCUUUUCUUCGUUCCUUCAUCCUUUCUUGCCUUCUUUCUUUCUUUCUUUCUUUCUUUCUUUCUUUCUUUCUUUCUUUCUACCCCUUUUCCUUCUUUUUCUUCCUUUCAAUUUACUUUACAUUUUACCGUUUUUCCUACUUUUCCUUCAUAUAAUUCUUUUUCUCCUUCGUUACUGUUUCAUUUCUUAUUCUUCCCUUCAUUUUCUUUCUUUCUCCACGGCCCCUUUCUUUCUUUCUUUCUUUCUUUCUUUCUUUCUUUCUUUCUUUCUUUCUUUCUUUCUUUCUCUCGACCCCUUUACCUUCUUUUUCUUCCUGUAA